AGCAGAUCCAGCUUGAAGGCAGCAGUGACAGAUGUGCAGUUUGGCCCUAUGAGACUCCACCAAGAUCAACUUCAGGUACUUUUAGUGUUUGCCAAAGAAGAUAACCAGAGUAACGGGUUCUGUUGGGCCUGUGAGAAGGCUGGGUUUCGGUGUAACAUUGCCAGGACACCUGAAUCUGCGCUAGAAUGUUUUCUGGAUAAACAGCAUGAAAUUAUCAUUAUCGACCAUAGACAUUCCAGAUAUUUUGAUGCAGAAGCUCUAUGCAGGUCUAUCAGAACAACUAAAGCCUCAGAAAAUACAGUCAUAAUUGGUGUAGUACGAAGGGUUGAUCGGGAGGAGUCAUCAAUAUUGCCACUGAUUGCAGCAGGCUUCACAAGGAGAUAUGUAGAAAAUUCCAAUAUAAUGGCCUGUUACAAUGAGCUAAUUCAGCUGGAAUUUGGAGAAGUGCGGGCACAAUUUAAACUAAGGGCUUGUAAUUCAAUAUUUACAGCACUCGAGAAAAGUCAAGAAGCCAUUGAGAUCACAAGUGAAGAUCAUGUAAUACAGUAUGUAAAUCCUGCAUUUGAAACAGCGAUGGGCUAUCAAAUAGGUGAAUUAAUAGGAAAGGAAUUAACUGAAGUGCCUAUAAAUGAAAAAAAAGCCGAUUUCCUAGAUACUAUUAAUUCCUGCAUAAAGAUAGGAAAGGAAUGGCAAGGAAUGUAUUACACCAAAAAGAAAAAUGGAGAUAGCAUACAACAAAAUGUGAAGAUAAUACCUGUCAUCGGACAAGGAGGAAAGAUUAGACACUAUGUGUCAAUUAGUAGACUGUGCAAUGACAACAAUAAGGCAGAAAGAAUAUGUGAACGUGUUCAGGCUGAAUCUCAGACAGAUAUUCAGACUUGCCGACACAAAGAUAGGAGGAAAGGAUCGCUUGAUGUCAGAUCCACAACCUCACGAGGAAGUGAUGGCAGUUCACAGAGGCGACACUCCUCCAUGGCCAGGAUACAUUCCAUGACUAUUGAAGCACCCAUCACCAAGGUAAUAAAUAUUAUCAAUGCUGCACAAGAAAGCAGUCCCAUGCCUGUCGCAGAAGCUUUAGAUCGAGUGUUGGAGAUUCUAAGAACCACUGAGUUAUACUCUCCACAACUUGGGACAAAAGAUGAAGAUCCACAUACAAGUGAUCUCGUUGGAGGAUUAAUGACAGAUGGUUUACGAAGAUUAUCGGGAAAUGAAUACAUAUUGUCAGCAAAACAAACUCAUCAGGUUCCUGGCAGUUUGAUCUCCCCUAUCUCCCUUAAUGACAUCCCACCACGGAUAGCACAAGCAAUGGAAAAUGAAGAAUACUGGGACUUUGAUAUCUUUGAACUGGAGGCUGCAACCCAUAAAAGGCCUUUGGUUUAUCUUGGUCUCAAAAUGUUUGCUCGCUUUGGAAUCUGUGAAUUCCUAAACUGUUCAGAAUCAACACUGAGGUCGUGGUUACAAGUUAUUGAAGCCAACUACCAUUCCUCCAACUCCUAUCAUAAUUCUACUCAUUCUGCAGAUGUCCUGCAUGCCACUGCCUAUUUCUUAUCCAAAGAAAGGGUAAAGCAAACUCUGGAUCCAAUUGAUGAGGUUGCUGCUCUCAUUGCUGCCACUGUCCAUGAUGUGGAUCACCCAGGAAGAACAAACUCCUUCCUGUGCAAUGCGGGGAGUGAACUAGCGAUCCUGUACAAUGACACCGCGGUGCUAGAGAGCCAUCAUGCGGCGCUGGCUUUCCAGCUCACCACACGGGAUGAUAAAUGCAAUAUCUUUAAAAACAUGGAGAGGAAUGAAUAUCGAACCCUUCGUCAAGCCAUUAUUGACAUGGUCCUAGCAACAGAAAUGACAAAGCACUUUGAGCAUGUCAACAAAUUUGUCAACAGCAUUAAUAAACCCUUGGCAGCACUAGAAGAAAAUGGGAGUAAUAAUGGUGAUGGAGAUUCAGUCAAAAACGUUCUCACGUCUCCUGAAAAUCGCAUACUUAUCAAACGUAUGUUGAUAAAGUGCGCUGACAUUUCCAAUCCAUGCAGACCCCUAGAGCAGUGCAUUGAAUGGGCCGGUCGCAUCUCUGAGGAGUACUUUGCACAGACUGAUGAAGAAAAGAGACAGAGUUUACCUGUGGUGAUGCCAGUUUUUGACAGACAUACUUGUAGCAUCCCCAAAUCCCAAAUAUCCUUCAUAGAUUACUUCAUCACGGAUAUGUUUGAUGCAUGGGAUGCAUUUGCAGACCUACCAAAUUUGAUGCAGCAUCUGGACAAUAACUUUAAAUAUUGGAAAGGUCUCGAUGACAAGAAGCUACGGAGCCUUCGACCACCACCUGAAUAGCAAUUAGGCCACAAUGUGUAACUUACCUGUCCAGAUGCAUAUUUACUCAAGCUCACUUUUGUUAAUGUGAUUUCAAAUUAGUUUUGAUCCCUUCAGUAUUACAGUAA